AGCUUCUUCCAUAGCAUUAAUCAGCCGAUUGAGUCAUGGAGUUUAGUGGAUUUGAUGAUGAUCUCUUUGAAGAAACAGAGAAAAGGGCAAAGAGAGCCGUAACAGUGGAUUAUAAGUCAAAAUCAGUCCUCCCUCAGUGGUACACAGAUGACCAGGCCUCACCAGAUGAUGACAUUGAUAAAGUUCAUUUCUACAUCUUCCGUGGCAACGAGCAUUACUACCGGAGGGCGUGGUCAGAUGCCUUGGAUGCCUAUACCGAAGCCUUGGACUACGUUGCCCCUAACAACGGCAACUUCAGGCGAUUGCUCCUGGAAUCCGUCGCAAGAUGUCGGUGGAGAUUGGGAGAUGCUGAUGGAGCGGUAGAGAUGGGGAAGAAAUUGGUUGAGGAAUCGGGCAAUGACCAUCAAGUGUUCUGUGCACAUUCUGCUCUGGCCAUGUUUUAUGACGCAGCAGGAAAUGCGGAAGAUCAAGCAAGUAGCCUCAGGCUCUGUCUGGACUUACGUCCUUUGAGCGUGCAGCACUGGAUUCAGCUCGCCAAAGUUCACCUCAAAGAAUUCACGUCAAAAAGUUGCAGGAGUAUAUCAAAUCCUGAUGCAAUUGCGGAUAAUUUACAAGGCAAGGGAUACCAUAGACGAUCCAAUGAUACUACGUCUUUUAUUUUGGACAAAAGCCAUUCUGCCUUUGAAAGGACUAGUCAUGAUGACUCUGCAAAUAUGGAGUUAAGCUCUUCUUCCACUCAACAUGCUUCUGCACAGAAUGGCAAUAGUUCUUCAUUGACAGGACAAGACGGGCACAAGUACAUGAGCAGAGAAUAUAGAGUGGACAAGAAAGGUGAAUACAUUCUGGAGAAAUCACAGAAUGGUGUGGACAAGAAUUGUGUUUCUCGUGUUGGUUACGACAGUGAUGGAUGCGAAAAGAGAUUAUUCGAUCAAAGCUCGUCAUUGAUGUCAUCAAUGUCAGCUUCAGUAUCAUCAUCGAUAUCAUCAUCUGCAUCAUCGCCAGUACAAUCCACAUCAUCAUCAGUACCAUCCACUUCAUCGUCAGUAUCAUCAACCGCAUCUUCUACUUCAUCGUCAGUGUCGUUGAAGCAGGAAGAUAGCCCAACAUCGACAGGGAAUAUCCAAAGACAGUGCCGACCAUCAUCAGUCGGAGACACUAAUUUUGACUUCGACAGAUUAUCAAAUUUGUCUCUAGAUUGCAAAGGUACCCUUGUGACUUCAGGACUGCAAGUUAAUGGGUUGUUGAUGGACGAAACUGAUGGCGACGCAGAUGAAGAAUGUGAAGCUUCUGUUGUCAUGGAAGCUGUUAAGUGCCUCUUAAGAGCAAAAGUCAUCUUGAAGAGUCUUCAAAUCUGCGCUGUCUCGAUCACUAAGAUGAGGAACGAUCAACUUUUAGCAAAAAUUGAUAAAUUGUUGUCCACUCUUCAGCUUGAUGCGGCCUGUAUUCAGGAGAUGAGUAAGAAAAUGUACAAUGAAGUUUACGACAAAGACAUCAAAGAAGAAGUAGCCGCAAGUUGAUUAUCACUAAUUGUAAAGGCUAAGCCCACCCCAACAAAAAGUUUAUUUUGGUAGUAGAGAAAAGCAUAAAGCUGAUAAUUUUGUCAAAAUAGAAUGUGAAAUAAGAAAGUUAUUCGCUGAUAACUUCUAUUUGCAUAUAUACUAUCCUGUAUGCAAAUAAUGCAAUCAAUGAUCUGACAAUCAUUAUUAUUUUGUAAUAUGCAGAGUAGCAGGCCCCUACAGUUUCUGUUUUCAGGCAGUAUAUUUAUAUAAUAUUGACUGGUCUUGAGGGGAACAUCAAAUAUAUUGCCAGCAAAAGAAUCAUAUUGGCCCGAGUCUUUAGACGAGGGCAAUAUGGGUCUUUUAAGGGCAACAUAUUUGAUGUUCCCCGAAAGAAGGGCAGUCAAUAUUUUUAUUAUCAUCCAAAUCAGAUAUUUAGAGCAAAAAUCAUAACAGUGAUAUCUUUUAAGAAUAGAGUUCUGUUGUGUCAUGAUAAUAUAAGUGUCUAGGCUCUGCACUUUACCAUUAUGACGUACUUGCAAGCGCCCAGAUCCAGCGUUGUCUUUAUUAUGACGUAGAUCGUUGGUGCGCGGAACAUUAUGAAGCGUAUCGAGCGUAUCACUUCAUUCGCAUCCUCAAAGGCCAGGAUGUGAGACCAGGGAAAAUACAAAGGUAUAUUUUGCGUCGUCUCUGCAUGCAAAGUCAAUACGCGCAUUGAGACCGAGAAAAAUACAAACAAUAUAUCUAUCCCUUCCUGAUAAUAAUAAAAUACAGGGAAAUACGGUUUUGUAAAUGACCAGCUCAGAUGUCUGAUUCGGGUGAUAAUGUACAAUAAUUGGGCUUGAACUUGCAAUAAUUUCUUUUGUAGACCUAGUGAGUGAAACUGACCAGUAUCCCUGGAAACAAAAUAUUUUAAUUAUCAUAGCUUUCAGGUGAUAAAGUAGUUUUUCACUGAUUGAAGAUAAAUUAUAACAAUGAUGAUAUUACAUGUUCUAUUGUAAAGUAAAAAGCAUAUUCCAAGUUUUACAUUAAUGGUGUUGUCGAAUAACAAGGGGGAAGUUCAACUGAUUCUAUUUCUGGGUUGAUAUAUUUGAUUGUGAGUGUGGCAUGUUUAAUAAUGACUCUCCUAGCAAUGGCGAAUACCCUAGCCACAGCUGCUGGGAAAGUUCAGCUAAUUUUAUUUCAGGGUUGAUUAAUUUGACAGCGAGUGCGGCAUAAACUUAUUGGUAAGUGCUCGUUGUGGCGCUUUGCCUGGAGUACCCUUAUGUCUCUGAUAGAAUGGCAAAUACUCUAGCCUCUGCUGGUGUCGGACAAACACAGACAAAAAUAUUGUUUUUGAUAAAUGAUGCAUCCUUCAACUUAAUGCGCACAGCAAAGGGAAAUCUUGUAAACUUAGACAUUUUUUACUAACUUGUUGGAGGAGCUUGGCCUUGAACCCAUGUUUGGUGUCCCCUUAUAUCCCUCCUUGCUAUUGAAAACACUCGUGACAACUAGUGUCAGACAAACACUGAUGAAAUCAGCGUGCUAGAUCACGCAUCCAUCUCUUGCAGGUCGCUACAGCGGCCAAUAUUGUAACUUCGAUUUUUUUACUAACUUGUUUUGCUAAUUGCUGGAGGAGCUUGGACCUGAAGCCAAUAUCGUAAACUUCAAAAUUUUUACUAGUUACUAAGUGCUGCAGGAGCUUGGCCUCAAACCCAUGUGUGAUAUCCCCUUAUAUCCCUCCUUGCUAUUCAAAACACUCGUGACAACAAGUGUCAGACAAACACUGAUGAAAUCAGCGUGCUAGAUCACGCAUCCAUCUCCUUACAGCUUGCUACAGCGGCCAAUAUUGUAACUUCGAUUUUUUUACUAACUUGUUUUGCUAAUUGCUGGAGGAGCUUGGACCUGAAGCCAUGUUUGGUGUCUCCUUAUAUCCCUCCUUGCUAUUGAAAACACUCUCGUGACAACUAGUGUAGGACUCCUAAUCCUUGUCUGAAAUUUUGAAGGAUAUUUAUUUUUUAUCAUGCAUGUGAUAUUGUGUAGUGGUGUUUUUAAUCAAUCAAUCGAAUCACCAUAACAAUCAACAUUUCAUCACAAAAUUUCCAUGCUGGGUGCAAGUUGUAUAUACUGGUUGGCUUAGAAAAUCCUGUCAGUAAGAAAACCGUCUGGACCUUUGUGAGUAAAGUCCUUAACGUUUCUGGCAGGACCAACAUCAUUUUACGCACACGUUCCAUCUGUAGACAAGUUCUGUUUUUAUUUGCGCCCGGUGUCAAGGUUGGAAAGAGCACCCAAGACAGGACCGACGAGAUUGGAAAUAAAAGGGAUGAAGAAGCCUC